GAUUGGGGUAAGACAAUUAACAAGAAACAAAUUAUUGGGUGUAAUUAUUUAUUUGUGCAGCUGUUUUUGCAUGAGGCUACAUUGGUUCAGAAAGAUUGAUUUGGUUGCCUAACUACCAAUAUAUAGUCUUAUCUGGUAAAUGACAAAUUUUGCAUACGUUGUUUUGGAGGUAGUGUAGAAUAUAGAAGUGUAUUUGCAUUUUUCUUUACAUUCUGUACACUUUAAAGACAAGUACAUAAUCAAAUAGUUAUGUUAAAGGUAAACUAUAAAAUGACCUUCUGUCAGCAUGUUUGAGGAUUUAUUUCUGAAUUAUUUAUGAGACAAAUACGAGAAAAUUGUGGAGAAAAUUAAUGGAACAACUACUUUCUUUUAAUAUUCAGUUCUUUUCAAAUAUGGAAUGGAUUGGAUGUUUAGAAUCUGCAUUUAUAUUGUUGUUUUGAUGAAAAUUGCAAAUGCAAAAUGACUACAUGCUUCUAGCUCGUUCACUAAAACUGUUUUUUUACAGAUUGUAUUGCAGGAACAAAAUCCUGUUCUCAUCAACAGUUGGACUGCGAAAUGAACUCAAGUCAUGCUCAUGCUGUGGAAAUCUCUCCCUUAUGUUAUGAUUUUAUAAAUGGAUCCUGUCCAAAGUUUGUCUAUCCGCUGCUUUUGAAGGUGCCACUUUACUUGUUCUUUGGUUCAGUGGUGAUUUUAACAGUAUUGGGGAACUUGUUUGUUAUUCUAACCAUUGUUCAUUUCAAGCAGCUUCACAUGCCAACUAAUUACCUGGUUCUGUCUCUGGCUGUAACUGAUCUGCUGCUGGGUGGAUUUGUGAUGCCUCCUAGUAUGCUGCGCUCUGUAGAAACUUGCUGGUAUUUGGGUCCUUUGUUCUGUAAAAUACACAGCAGUGUUGAUAUCACUUUGUCCACUGCUUCCAUUAUAAAUUUGUGUUUUAUAUCUAUUGACAGAUAUUAUGCUGUGUGUCAGCCCCUGCUGUAUCACAGUAAAAUCACUCCUUUAGUCACAGUGAUCAUGAUCUCCAUCUGCUGGACUGUUUCGGCCAUAGUUGGGUUUGGAAUAAUAUUUCUGGAGCUGAAUAUUCUGGGUAUUGAAAAGUUUUACUAUGAGAAUGUUGAAUGUGAAGGAGGCUGUGUGUUGUUUCAAAGUGCAGCAUCGAGCACUUCUUCCUCUGUACUGUCCUUCUACAUCCCAGGCAUUGUGAUGCUCAGUAUAUACAUGAAAAUAUUUCAUGUUGCACAAAAACAAGCAAAAUCUAUUCAGGACUCAAAAUGUAAAAACAAUAUAAAAUCAGUGUUGAGCAAAGAAGAGAAAAAAGCCACCAAAACUCUGGCUGUGAUUAUGGGCGUGUUUCUGUCACUUUGGACUCCAUUUUUUAUCUGCAAUGUCAUCGAUCCUUUCAUUGGUUACUUAAUUCCUCCACUGUUGUUUGAUAUGCUCGUUUGGAUUGGAUAUCUGAAUUCUAUGUGUAAUCCUAUUGUGUAUGCUUUAUUCUAUAAGUGGUUUAGAAAAGCAUUUAAGAUGGUUUUAUCAGGUAAAAUAUUUCAGCCAGGGUCCUCAAGAACAAAUCUGUUUUCACACUGAUGCGGAAUUAUCAAAUGAUUAACCCUAGAACCCUAACGCCUGGUCAUUUUCACCCACACAGUUUUUUCAUAUGAUUUUAAUUGUGUUGCUGGUGUCUGAGCUGCAUUGGACUUUGAAAAGCUUCAGGGCUCAUUUAAUUUUAUGGUUGAUUUCCUCCUCCCAUCUAUGUUUUUUUCAAGAGGCAUGCGUUCGGAUGAUUUUCAUCCGAUGUUAGUGAUAGAGAGUAAGAUAUUUUAUGGGUGUAAUUUACCUGAUGUUAGUGUUUGUGUGUUUAAAUCAGACUCUCACAUGUCCAAUGAAUGGAUGAACCAAAGACCAAGUUCCCAAAGUUUCCAGCAGCAUUAUUUUUUUGUUAGGACAUUACCUGUUAAUGAUUACCUGAUUUUAAAUAUUUUUUCUGUUUUUUUUUUUAUAUAGGGUCAUCCAUGGUACUUUUUUAUUUUAUGUGAUGUUGUAUGUUGUAAAAAUGAAGAAGGUCUUGUCAAACUUGUCAUACAAUGUAUACCCAACGUUAGUGAAGGUGUUACUAAUUUUAACGUUAGUGUUCUAGGGUUAAACUGCCUAAAAUAAAUGAGUACUCAAAUUGUCUACAAUUGUUCAGACUUAGUGAAAUGUAAUGACACACUGAUUUGCACAGUUCACAAUUUUAGGACAGCCUCAACAAACAAUGGUAUAGGAGAUUCAGGGUGAAUAUGAUGAUGAUUCCAGGUGGGAGUCCAAAAGGAAGUGAACCAGAAAUCCUUGGAAAAAUCAUGACUGUUGUUAAGUUCAAUGAGCUAUGUGAUUUAAAAGAUAACUAGCCUUACCAGUUUAUUAGACUUAAGCAAUGUUGAUGCAGUUGUAACAGUUUUGAAGCCAGCAAUGCAAUGUCUGCCUCUAUUGUUUGGAACAAAAUUAAACAAAACUCCAAUCUGCUAAUGACUCAUGGUCUUCAUAAUUAUGGAGUCCAAGUGGAAGUCUUCUGUGCAUUACUAAAAUAAGAAGAAGAAUAGUG